AUGGCGGAUCCGACAGCCAUACACGUGGGCCGUAUUCGGUCGGACUUGCAUAAGAUCAUAGUCGAGUCAACCGAGGCUUGUAACCCCGACGAGCAGAUUGCUACGGAAAGGGCGACCAGCGACCUCGUCGACCCUCCCGUUCUGAAACGCACAUCGGGCGUCAAAACGGCAGCUCUGCGGAGAAUGGCAGCUCAAACCCUCCGAGCCCCGGUUCAAAUACUCCGAACCACCGCUCAAGCCGUUGGUGGGACGACGGAAGCCGACCCUUUCGUGAAAGCUGACGCCACAACACAAGAGGACUCCCCUCACGACGACUCCCCUCACAAGGACUUCCCUCACAAGGACUCCUCUCACGACGACUCCCCUCACGAGGACUCUCCUCACAAGGACUCUCCUCACGAAACCUCAAGCCUCCGGGUUCCAGCAGAUGCCCAGGUUCCAGCAGAUGGCCCCUUUUUAGAAGAUACCCCCGUUUUAGAAGAUGUCCCGGCUCGAGCAGAGGUUCCCACUCGAGCGACGGCUGCUAAACGCGUCGAUCAAAGCUACGCAGGUUACGAUGAGAAUGAGGAGAUCCCUGCAUUCAUCUCGGCCCGGAUCUCCCCGGACACGCCGAGGUUCCAGAAUUCUUGUCAGCGAUUUCAACAGACUUUCUCACAGCUCCAGGGGGAUAUCGAAGAUGUUGUUGAUAAGUCAAAACUUAGCCCCCUUCGAGACCUAUUUACUAGCAUGUUCUCCUUAGCAAUCGUGUGCCUACUAACGACCAUCGUCCUGGCCGCGGUCCACUGGCUGAAAUUCGAGUACAUGAAACCUUUAUGGGCCCUUACUAACUGGUUAGCCGCUAUAGGAUCAGGCUUUCUCCUCUCUUAUGGGGUAGUUAUACUCACGUACCGAGAUCUUAUCAAGGAUGUGAUCUGGGAAACGGCAAGUCCGACGUAUCCUUACGUGGUAGUGCAACUGGACAAUGUCCACGCAUUGUGCUUUUAUAUUGCCUGUCAGUGCGGAUUGGCAGCUGUUGUGUUCAACGCUACGGUCAUCUGUCAGUGUCUGCCUCUUGACGAUACUCCGCAGAUGCGUCUCACGGACGACUACGGCACACUCCAGAUGCGAAGACAAACCAGCCGGGCCGCGAGCAUGCUCGAGUUGAACAAAGACAAAGCCCAGCUAUAG